AUGGCCGUCCUCUCUGGAUUGACGCUUUCCCGUCGACUUGCCGUCUUUAGCGUGGUUGCCUUGCUGCUGCAUAGUAGUCCCGCUACUCUCACUUCUACUAUGAGUAGCAGUAGCAGUAGUAGUAGUAGUACCAUGGUGGCAGCACAAGCGACAGCCAAUGAUGAGGACGAGAAUUGGACGAUCUAUCAGACAGAGCAAGAUCAGGCAGCCAAUGGCGAUGGCAGUCCAAUACUACAGCCAGCAGUAGAAGAACAGGUAGCAUCCACUGCCAAUGACACUUGCCCGCCGUGUCCCGCCUGUACCGCGAGUACGAGCAGUACGAGCAGCCAGUACGAGGUCGGGGAAAAUCCCCCCUCACAGCGAGAGCCGCUCACCAUGCAGAUUCUCGUAGUCGACAGUCCGGGCAUCAUCACUAUGGUCAAAUGGAACGCUGAUGAUUAUUUCAAGUUCACGGAUGGACGCGUCAAGAUUGAGAUCAAACUGGCUCCCACCAUGCCAGAGCUCUUUGCGGAGAUUGAAAACGAUGCAAGGGCGGGAGGAGGGCUCUACGAUGCAUACUACACCAAUCCCGUCGUGCUUGGAACCGCCGCCAUGUUGAAUGGAUUCCUUGAUUUGACACCCUUUGUCAAGAGCUCACCCUAUGCCGAUUGGAUAGAUGUGCUGCCCGCAUUGAGAAAAUACGUCAUGAGCUUUGAAGACAAGAUUUACAUUAUUCUGUUGGAUGGAGACACACAUUCCAUGUUUUACAGAAAGGACGUAUUGGAACAUUAUGGAUUGAAAGUACCACGCACAUGGAACGAAUACAAUGAAGUUGCAAAGGCAAUUCAUGGAAAGGUUUUCAAUGGAGUCGAACUUUCGGGAUCUUGUGUCUCCAGAAUUCAAGGAGAUCAUGCCAUGUACUGGUACCAUCUUGUCCUGUCCACAAUCACGCAAACACAAGGAACACACCAAGGAUCUCUAUUUGAUUCGAAAGACAUGACACCGCUCACAGGAGAAGCACUCGCAGAAAUGCUGCGGAUACACGAGGAACAAGCCAAGUAUGGGACACCCGACGAAUAUACAGAUAUCAUCAACCACGUUCAAAAUGGGCACAUGAAUGACGGAACCUGCGCCAUGACCUUCAUGUGGGGAGAUUUAUUCAGACGAUCCAAUGCUCAGGGCAGCAUUCUUCACGACAAACUGGGAAUUGCUCCAACUCCUGGAUCCGAGUUUGUACUCGAUAGAAGCACGGGACAAUUGGUACGAUGCACCAGAGAACUUUGUCCCUACGCCAAAUACUAUGACGAUCUCGGCUUUGUCAAUGUGGCUCCCUACGCGGCCAAUGGUGGAUGGGGAGCUGCCGUCUCGGCCAAUACAGAUCCGGAAAAACAAAAAGCCUUGGCGGAGUUCUUCCUCUGGGCAUCCAGCAGAGAACAAGCAGAGCAAUAUGUCAUCCCAAAUGCAACACUCCCGUGGGACAUGAUCAACGGACAAGAUCCAUGGCGCAAGAGCCAACUGGACGUGGAUAAGUGGGUUUUGCGAGGAUUCCAAAGAGAAGUCUCAAAACAGUACGUUGAAUCCAUCGUAAGUAACCUGAUAUCGAAGAACGUCGUGGUUGAAGCUAGGUUUCCCAAGGCUGGGGAAAUCAUGAGUGUGCUAGACAAGGAAGUUAACGAGUACCUUGUAGCGGCACAUGAAGGUCUCAUUGCGGAACAAGACAAGCAAACGGACAGACUAAAGACGGCUCAGAUUAUAACGGAUCAAUGGAAUCAAAUCAUCAAGAAAUACAAUGCCAGGGGUGACACUGUGACACCCAUCUUGGAAAUAUAUCAAAGGCUGAGAGGUGUAUACGUCCCCAACGAAGAAAAGAACCUCUUGACUAGAAUCCGACCUGUUGGGUUGACUCUCAUGGCAAUCAUCAUGGUUUCUUCGAUGGCCGCGGCUGCUUGGGUCUACGUGAAGAGAUCAGCCACCGUAGUCAGGGCUUCACAGCCGCCAUUUUUAUGGCUCAUUUGUUUGGGAACCAUGGUCUUGGGUUCCAGUAUUCUCGCCAUGAGCGUUGACGAUGGAAUGGCAAGUCAAGAGGGAUGCAGCGCCGCUUGUAUGAUCGUUCCAUGGCUUGUUGCCAUUGGAUUCUCAAUCACCUUCGCAGCACUGGCAGCAAAGAUUAUGAGACUCAAAAGGCUAAUGACGAGCGCAUCGAGAUUCCAAAGGAUUCAAGUCAAGGUUCAAGACGUCCUGUUACCAUUCUGUCUAAUUCUGUUGUCAAACGUGGCGUUUCUGCUGACUUGGACUCUGGCGGAUCCUUUGUACUGGGAACGUGUCUACACUGGCCGAACGGAAACUGGAGAACUGGAGUCCUAUGGAAGCUGCAUCUAUGCUGGCAGGGUGUCUCAGGUCAUGCUCGGUUUCAUCGCUGGGCUCAAUAUGGCAGCUCUCCUUUAUGCCAACGUAUUGGCUUAUCAAACCAGGGAGCUGACGGUGGCGUUCAAUGAGAGCAAGUUCGUGGCCCUUGCCAUGGCUUCCAUCCUUCAGGCCGUGCUUAUUGGCACUCCCCUCCUCUUUUUGGCCAACUCCAAUCCCACCGCCAGAUAUGUUGUGCGGUCGGUCCUGAUUUUUGUGGUUUGCAUGUCAGUCUUAGUUUUCGUCUUUGUUCCAAAGGUGUUGAACCAGAAUGACAGGAUCACGGCGGUCAGGGUAAGCAGCGUUGGGGGGCGCCGUGGAAGUAUCAGUGGACUGUCGAGCGGCUUUAAUAAGAAUUCGGACUUUAGCAACGGGGUCAGAUCAGGUGAGAUGAGCCUUCGCUCGGCUGACAUCCGCGGUUCGGACUUGACAAAGAUAACUUCGCCCACUGUGGAGAGCAUCCGUCAGGCUGUCUUGGAAGCCGCAACGCAAGCCCAAUCGCCACCAGUGAGAACAGACGAAGCUUCUGAUUUUCCAGGUUCAGGGAUUGAUGACGACGUACCGGUAAAUUUGAUCAUGAAUGAUGAAACCGGGUAUUCCGAACAGCUGGAUGGAACUGCGCACUCUACGAAGCUUUUCUAG